CAUGAGGGAUAUUUUGUAGGGUGUGAAAUAUAUAUUUAACAAAUUUAGUUGCUAAAGGCCUGAUUUUAAUCGCCAUCUCAUUUAAAAAAAUAGAGUUCUUCAAGUGGUAUGAACCAUUGGAUAAUAAAUUAAUGAUCUCAAAUUAACGCGCUAACCGUGAAAAUUGAGGGUUUUGUGUUCGAUUUCUGGUGAGGUCGUGUGAGUAUACUUUUAAGAAAUGCCAAACUACAACAAAGUCGCUGUUUAGUAGUUCUUGUAUAUGUGUUUGUCUAACUAGGAAAGCCGUAAUGCAAACUACGAACUACUUUACAAACCUCAUAAGUAAACUAUAUUGUUUUGCAAGUUGUUAGUGCAAUGUUACAAUAUUAAUUUUUAUUGAGAGAGUUAAUUAUUCAAUGUUAAUCCCCAGGCUUUUGUUUAAAUUAAGUGUGACUUUUAUUGAAAAAAUUUAAUUGCUUUAAUUCAUAGGAUUAAAAUAAAUAGAAAUAAACAUUUUCUUGUCAGUUUGAUUCCUCUAAUGAUGCACUUUUUAGUGGUAAACUUCAAUUAUCAUUAUAUUUGUAAUUGUGUGUAAGCAUACUCUCAUGUAAUGGUACAUUUCAUAAACAAUCGAUGGAGUAAAAGGCAUCAUUUAAAGUGCAUAAGUAUUUAUAACAAUUAUGAUGUAAUAGACGCGUAAUAUUGAAUAAUUUUAAGAUAAAUAUAUAUACAGUAAAAUAUUAUGAAUUCGAUUUCACUGUUUCAUUAUAAAAAGGAAGUCAUUAAAAUUAAGAGAAAUGUAUAAAGUAAACAUGGAACUAAGUUGUUCGUUUUUCAAUAUAUUCAUUAUUUUGCUUGUUUCUGUUGAUUAUACAAAAUGUAUGUCAAAUGUAAUAAGUGGCAAAAUACUUAUACCAGUAUCAUUUGGGGCUUAUGCUUCAUUGGAUUAUCCAUUCAUAGUAUUGUGGGGGGAACAUAUUUAUAGACCUUACAAAAUACCAUUUUAUUAUGGUAAGUAUAACGAUAAAUAUAAUUACUACUAUUAUCCUAAUUAUAAUUCGCAAUCGGUGGUACCCAUUGAAUACAGUUCAUCAUUAUCAUCAUAUGAGAAUUAUGGAGAUAAUCAUAAUAAUGAAAUAUUGGAAAGUGAACGACAGGCGGAAGAUUUAUAUUAUUAUGACAGAAAUACAAAUGAUAAAACUUCACCUACCAGUCAAAAAGAUGAUCGAAGUUAUAAAAAUGACAAUUAUCAGACAUCCUUUUAUGAUAAUAUUAAAUAUACCCAGCCAGAUUAUAACGCAGUUAAGAAAAAUAAAUCAAAUUCUAUGUAUAGUAAAUACAAUUACAAGAUGCCUGAAGUUACAAAUUCACAUAACAGGAAACGCUUACACAAAGAAUCGACAUACAAGUAUAAACCUAAUGUAAAUAAACUAAAGAAAUUCGGAUAUAAUGAUCAAUACAAAGUAUCAAAGACAGUUUAUUCUAAUGAUAACCUUAGAAAAUAUCACAACAAUAACAGGAAAGUAAGUUAUCAAUCAAGUAAAUCUAAUGAUCACUAUCAAUUCGAUGAUCACUAUCAUUUCGAUAAUCAGCAUCAUAUCGAUAAUCAUCAUUAUAUCGAUGAUCACCAUCAUAUCAUUGAUCAACAUCAUAUCGAUAAUGAACAUCGUAUGGAUAAUCCCCAUUAUAUGGAUGAUCACCAUCAUAUCAUUGAUCAACAUCAUAUCGAUAAUGAACAUCGUAUGGAUAAUCCCCAUUAUAUGGAUGAUCACCAUCAUAUCGUUGAUCAACAUCAUGUCGAUAGUGAACAUCAUAUCGACACUGAACAUCAUAUCGAUAAUAACUAUCAUAUCAAUGAUCACAUAAUUAGGUCUUUAAACAAGAAUAACGAUAAGUUAGCAACAAUGAAAUUGAAACAUUAUAAUCAACUUAUUGAUUAUAUGAGUAAACCGGAUUAUGAUAAUAAAAAUUAUAAUAAAUUUAAUUAUAGAAAAUAUCAAAAUCCUAAACGUGUUUACAAGAAACCAAUGAUCAAUAGUCGAGAAAUGUUAAAUGAUGUUUAUGAAAAAAAGAAAUUAAAGAAUGGCGAUAAAAAACGUCGAGAGGAAUACAGUGAUGAUCGAAAUGAUAAACCAAAACCUGACAAUGAAAAGAAUUAUAUUGAUAGAAAAACCAAUUAUGAUGAGGGGAUAAAUAGAAAAGCUCCCCCCAAAAAAAAGGGUAAAUCAGAUAAGAAGAGAGAAGACAAUAAAAAAGAGGGUAAUAAAGAAGUAAAACAUCCAAGUGAAGAUGAUGUUAGUGUGAUUAAAGUUGUCAAUGAAUACGCAUAAACAUAGAGUAAUGAAUAUAAUAAUAAUGUAAUGAUAAUUUAAUCCUAAAUAUAAUAAUUUAAUGUAAUAAUAAUAUGGUUGCCUUUUUAUAAUUCUGCUAUGAACUGUUGAUCAUUCAUUCUGAAAAUCAAAAUGAACUUGAAUGAAUAAAAGUUGGUAAAAUGAUUAAUCAGGUUUGCAAUAAAACUUAUUUCUCUUUCUUAAAAAAAACUUUUGUACAGACUCAUUGUACUUAAGGGUUUAAUCUACUGAUUACGCUCAUUUCUAACGCCCAAUCAGUCGAGUUAUGCAAAGAGACAGGAGACCAAAAUUGCGUAGCAAACUUUAUUGCUAAUAGCUAAAUAGUGGUGCUUUUAGUUCAUGCAAAUAUUUAGGUGAUCAAAAUGGUAUAGAAAAAAAAUCUUUCAUAAGUGACAAUGGUUAAGUGAAUAAUUUACCAAUCAUAGCUCGAUUAUAUUUGGAUUUUAUUUACUGAGGAAAAUUCUACGUCAUUAUGUGGUUUGUACAACUUGAUUUUGAAUGUAAUUCUUACAGGAAUUGUAAAUAGCUAAGUUUGCAAUACUUUUUAUCCAUAAACUUGGUUUAUUGGAAGUUGGAUUUCAGAGACGUUUGUGCCAAAACUAGCUACCUGUUUACUUUUAGAAAUUUAGAACUAGAUAAAUUCAAUUCUUGCAUAAUA